AUGGUUGAGCCGGCAAUGGCAUCUCCAGCCUCGGUUGCUGGCACAACUUUGCUCUUCUUUACGGGCGCCGUCAUCAUGCGUGGUGCCGGUUGCACGAUAAAUGACCUGUGGGACCGCAACCUUGAUCCUCAUGUCGCCCGCACACGCCUGCGACCGAUUGCCCGCGGCGCUGUGACGCCCUAUAAUGCCCUCGUUUUUACAGGCGCACAGCUUCUCACAGGGCUGGCUAUCCUGCUGCAGUUCCCGACAUCCUGCCUGUACUACGGCAUCCCGAGUCUGGCGCUUGUUGCGACCUACCCGCUGGCAAAGCGCGUGACAUACUACCCUCAGUUUGUAUUGGGCCUGACAUUCUCGUGGGGCGCCAUCAUGGGCUUCCCGGCACUGGGCAUUGAUCUCUUAUCCAACUCGGCGGCUUUGGCGGCAUCUGCAUUCCUGUAUACUUCCAAUAUUGCAUGGACGGUACUCUACGACAUGAUCUACGCGCAUAUGGACAUCAAGGAUGAUGCCAAGGCGGGCAUCAAGAGCAUUGCGCUCAAGCAUGCUGCGCAGACCAAGGCCGUGCUGAUCGGCCUGGGCGCUGUGCAGAUCGGCCUGCUGGCCGCUGCCGGUGUUGCAUCUGGUGCCGGCCCGGUGUUCUUUGUGGGCAGCUGCGGCGGCGCAUUGGCUACACUGGGCAUCAUGAUCAAGCGGGUCAAGCUUGAGAGUGUCAAGGACUGCUGGUGGUGGUUCGUCAACGGCUGUCUAUUGACCGGCGGUGUGAUCAGCCUUGGCCUGGGGGUGGACUACCUAGUUCGGUACAACAACCAAGAACCCCAGAAGAAGAUCGCGGCAUAG